GAAAGAGAUGAAAAAUUGGAAUUAGGGUGUAAUAUUUAAGUUGACCACAAAUGUCAAAAACUGUGUCUUUCGAAUAAUAAAGAUGAAUCCUUCUGUUUUGGUGAUAAUUGUCUCGAUUAUCAUCACAAGUGCUUCAGCCCAAGAUCCCUGGAGGAAAGAAUGUGUUGAUGGGUUUGAACUGCUUUUCUUCAAACAAAGUAAAACUUACAACAGCGCCAAAUCUUCCUGUGAGGGAUUGGGAGGCUACUUAGCUAAAGUUGAUAAUGAGAGAAUGACGACAGUCAUUAAUUCAGCAUUCGACAUACGAGGUGGUGAUAACACUUUCUAUAUCGGUGGAAACGACAUAGCUAACGAAGGAGAUUGGAGGUGGCAGGAUGGUACUGAUGUGAUCAUGAAAGAAGAAAUAGGAUAUCAAAACUGGAAAUCUAAUCAACCAAAUGGUGAGACUACACAAAAUACUGUUGUUGAAGACUGUUUGGUAGUUGGAAGAGAAACGUAUCGGUGGGUUGAUAUAUCUUGUGAUGCAAACUUCUACUACAUUUGCCAGAAAGUGUUUCAGGGCCCUUUUGUUAGAAUACAAACUAUUAACGGAAACCAGAUAAGGUGUUCUGCAACAGACUGUAGUACUGCAACACAAGUUGAAUGGCGCAAAGCAUCUAACAAAGUAUCAACCGCAACUACACGGGGAGUUUAUCAAACGAUACAAACUGGAUCAGCAACCUUCAAUCUUCAAAACGCAAAUAUUGCAGAUGAAGGGUCUUAUACUUGUUAUUUUCGAAACGGCAACAGUUGGAAACAUGGUAAAACAGAAUCUUAUGAAGUGACUGGAAAUCCCACAAUCUAUCAAAUAUCAAAUACCGAAUGCAAUUCUAACUUGAUCAUCUCAUGGCAAUCACAUAUAAAUGCUGUUGGAUUCCUACACAAGAUAGAAGUAAGUCCGACCUCAGGCGGAUCAACAAGAUGGGUGGAUUCAACAACAUCUGAGAAACAGUCAACCACAAUAACCAGUUUGUCGCCAAUCACAACCUAUACAAUCAAAAUAACUGCAUGUGUAACAAAAGAUAACUGUCCAACCAAAUAUUCUACUUUCCGAAACGCAACAACAGAGGGAGCAAUGUUAUCUGCAGAAUCGUCGUCUAUUAUACAAUACAAAAAUACACAAACUUGCGUCAUCUCUUGGAUCUUAUCUAACAAUACAGAGACUGGUGAUUCAUAUACUGUGGAACUGAAUCUAACUUCAAUCCUGGCUUCCUCACGAGAUUCAAACUUGAAGACAGACAUGAAACUAAUAAACGUGACGUCAUCAUCCGUGUAUUCGUUUCAACCAGAAUCAAAUCGUAACUAUUCCGCUUCAAUCAAAAUAUUCAGUUGUGCUGGAUUUGGUCAAGUUCUAUCUGUUACUGGCAGUUGUCUCGGAAAACCUAGAGCUCCCACAAAGGUUUUUCCGCCUGAUAGUUUUGAAGAUAACCUAGUUAGCAGAGUAUGUGGAUUCAAAAAACUCGGAAUACAAGCACCAGAUGAGACUAAUGGCCUUGUCAGUUGCAUAUUCGUACUUGUACGCACAAAUUUGAAGGAACACGACGUGGCCUUCUCCUUGACUGACAUGAUAAAUAUUAACAACACAGAGAGCGGUGAUAAGUACAUUGCUAAAGCAAUACCUGUUUCAAGCAUGAACGGUAAGCGAAUGAAUAUUUCACUCGGUGAUGAAUCAAUGACAACAUGUGACGUAAUAAAUAUCGGAAAAGCAGGGAUACAAAAUGAACAAAGUUCUGGAAAAGGAAUUCUAUUCACAGGAAGGAACAAAAAAUUAGAUAAAAAGAUGUUCAGUGUCUCGAUAGUUUAUUCUACGCCCUCUGGUGACCAAAUACAUUUCAGUCAAAGCCCCUCUAUAACGUUAAAACAAGAUGAACAAGAAAUUACUGCUAAGAACGAUACCGAGAAAGGAGCGUUCGAGUUCAACAUCAUCAGUUUUGUGAUUGGUUUUCUCAUUCCUUUCGUCUUCUUGGUCGUCUCUGUCUGGAUCAUAUACAAAAUGAAGAAAGAAAUAAAGAAUUUGGAGGAAAAGGCAGAAGUGAAAGAACACAAUUACGAAACUAUAAAAGAAAAAGCAACUCCUUCCAACAAUCCAGCUUCACAACCAUCAUAUUCAAAUGUUUUGCAAGAAACUGCCGGAUACGAACAACCACUUCCUGCAACAACUCAGCAAACACAAGUGGAAUCAGCUUACGAACAACCAUCAUCAUCAAAUGUCCUGCAAGAAACUGCCGGUUACGAACAAGCUCUGCCUGCGACAACUAAGCAAACACAAGUGGAAACAGCUUACGAAACUUACAACGCCUGAUGAAUUUCAGCUAAGCAGUACCUAUUAGCAUAUUACAAUAUGUAAAAAUGUCCCAAACAUGUUGUUUUUUGACAAAACAAUAGGUAAACUUGUUAUAUACAAGGCCGUUGAUGUUGAAGUAGCCAAUCAUGUUGUUGUCGCUUGUCUCCUCCAUGCCAUAGAAGGAUCAACGCAAUUAUCUGUCUCAUGUAUUUUCUAUGCAAUAUUAUAAACGACUUGUUGGUUAGGUUAGGUCUGGGUAUCUUAUUAUAAUGCAACUAUAAAAAUUAGAAACCCUCACUCGAAAAGUUUACUCAUUUUGUCUUGUUCGUUAUAAUUUUCAUGCCCGACAACUAAUACGCAUAUACUAUGAAAUAGGAAAGUUUUAUAGUGUCAUUUCCAUGAAUGAAGGAAUUCUCAUUGUUGACUGAAAAUAGAAAACAAAAAUGGAAGAAUGUUUUUUUUGACUAACAAUAGGCCAUUAUUCUCAUACUAAUCAGAUGAUAUGUCUAAAAAUGCACACAUUUCAUUCGUCACGUGUUUACGCUGGUACGUGAUGUGCCUCUCUGUAAUUAUACAGAUCGUCACUAGUUGACGCUGGAGACUUUUAUUCACCAGGUCCUGCAAAUGCUUACAGAUAUAUAUAUAUAGGUCCGUUAAUAUGUGAAAUUAUUUUAACUGACUACUGCAAUCAAGAAACCUGUGGUGUGAACAAGAAUUUCGCUUAUCAUAACUAAAAUCAAUAUUAAUGAUAUUAAUAAUAUUAUUAAUAUUACAAUGAUAUUAAUCAGUUUUAAGCGAUAUUGCAUAAAUUAAACUAUUGGCAGAGUCGUGUUAAACCUCCCUGUGCUGCCUAUGUGAUAUUCCAAAUUUUUCGUAAA